CUGGUGCCGCGCGCGCUCGUCGUCGAGCUCGCGCUUGAAGCGGUCGCGGUCCCGCCGCAGCGCCUCGUUCUCCCGCCGCAGCCGCGCGGCGUCGGCCUGGCCCGCCUCGAGCUUCGCGGCGAGCGACGCGUGCUUCUGCUUCAGGAGCUUCAGCAUCGACUCGUGCUCGCCGGCCCGGGUGCGCGCGGCCGCGAGCGCGUCGCGCAGCUCCGUGGCGAGGUCGUGCGCCCGCCGCAGCGGCCGCGUCGCGGCCGAGGCGUCGAGGUCCUCGAGGUUCGCGCCCGCGCCCUUGGGGGCCUCGCGCGGCGGCUCGUCGCCGCCCCGGUGCUGGGACCGCACGGCCUUCUCGAGCUCGGCGAGGCGCUGGAGCACCAUCGUGCUCUGGUGCUGCAGGCCUCUCAAGACCCGCUGGUCGUCGGCGCCGUCGCGCGGCGCCGGGGACGCGGCGGCGUCCUCCUGCGUCACGCGGAAGCGGCCGCGCGUCACGGCGCGGGCGGCCGCCGGAGGCAUCGCCCCCCCGCGCCCGGGCAUUUUUUGUGGCGCUUAAGCGCUUGUCUA